GUUGAUAGUGGUACUGGAGCAGAAGGUCUGCAUUUAUUUGCUGCGGGGCCUCAGCCUGAUUGAUACUCUGCUUACGUCUCCAAACCCCUCGGGUCUUUGUGUCGCAACAACAGCAGCAGCAGCAGCAGCAACAACAACAGCAGCAGCAGCUACAUCAGCAGCAGCACCAACAACUGCAGAAGCAACACCGCAACAACCUCACAGACAAACCCUUGCUGUCGCAUGCCCAGCGCUGCAGAAGGGGACAGUGCAGGUGCUGUUUUAUUCAAUUCCAGCUGAGGGUGUCCCCGGCGCCCCCGAUGAGGCUGGAGGGAGCGAACCAGACACAGCGCUGAUGCAAAGCCUUUCCAUAUCCGCCCACGAGAAUGAGCUCUGCUGUUUAUGUCUGAGCUCUGAUGGUUCUAUUUUAGCCUCCGCCUCAGUGAAGGGGACCCUCAUUCGUUUGUUUUCUUCUGCUUCGGGGCAGCUGCUUAAAGAAGUCCGCAGAGGUGUUAACCCUGCGAUGAUUACCUGUCUGUGCAUUAGUCCCUGCAACAGCCUUUUGGCUGUCUGCAGCAACACCGGGACCCUCCAUUUAUAUCGUUUAGGAGAGAGUGAAGUAGCAGCAGCAGCAGCAGCUGCUGCUGCUGCUGCUGCUGCUGCAGCUGCUGCAGGAACCCCUCCUGCUGCUACGCAUGCGGGCGCUGCAGCACCCACCGCAACAAGAAUUACUAGCAGCAGCAGCGCCACGAGGGAGACAGUUGCUUCUGCAACAAGCUAUAACCCUCUGACUGCAGCAGCAGCAGCAGCUGCUGCUGCUGCUGCUGCUAACGCGGCAGGAGACAACCACCCAAAUAGCAGCAGCAGCAGCAGCAGCAGCAGCAGCAGCAGCGGGGGGUCUGCAGGAGGCACGAAUGUGCGCAGCUCGUGGCCUUUGCUUGCGAAGAUAUCGCCGUACUUCCAGUCAGAGUGGAGUAUGGCGCAGUUCAAGUUUCACUUCUCGGAAAACUUCGCAGCGGUCUGUGCGUUUGGCCAGGAGCCGCAAACCCUUUUAGCUCUGACAGCGGACGGCUGUUUCUACAAACUAAAAUUUGAUUUAUCUCAUGGGGGCCCCAUGACGCGGGAGACAUUCUUGCGUUUAGCUGCUGAUGAGGGUUUAUAA